AUGGGUUACAAAGUCGUCGCCAUCUCGAGUGGAAGUGAUAAGGCUGAGCUUGCGAAAGAACUCGGAGCGUCCGUCUAUAUAGAUACCAGCAAAGAGAAUGCGGCGCAGGUUCUGCAAUCUAUGGAUGGUGCGAGCUUGAUUGUGUCUACAGCCCCAGAUGCGGAGGCUAUCAGUCCCUUGGUUUGGGGCCUGACUUGGAGAGGCAAGCUGCUUCUGCUCGCACCCCAUUGGGCCAGUUUCGAUAGAUUCGAUCGCCUUGGUUAUGAAGGCAGUUAG